UACACACAGCCGUGAUCAUUUCCAGGCCGGGUAGAACCCCAGCAACACCGCUGAAAUCGGUUCAACCUAUGAAGAUUGGGCUUUUCAAUCUCCAUCCAUCCUUUGAAUAGACAACAUUUUGUGGAAAUAUAUCACCGUCACUGAUCCGAAGAUACACUAAGCCGUUGAGUUGAAUCAGAAGGCACUGGGAAGAGGCACAAAGAAAAAUUUCCAUACUAGAUGACAUUACAUCGCAAUGUCCGAUCGUUUGGGGCAAAUAACCAAGUCCAAGGAUGGGAAAAGCAAGUAUUCCUCACUUAGCCUAUUUGACAAGUACAAGGGAAAAUCAAUAGAAAAUCAGAAAAACGCAGUUCCGCGACAUGGCUUGCAGAGUCUUGGCAAAGUGGCCGCAGCCCGGCGCAUGCCCCCACCGGCUCACCUGCCGAGCUUGAAGUCCGAAAACAAAGGAAACGAUCCCAACGUGAUUAUUGUGCCGAAGGACGGUACAGGAUGGGCGAACAAGCAGGAACAACCCGAUCAAAAGAGUUCUAUUGCAUCAAUACCACAGCUGCCGGAGUUGCAGCCACAGCUGGCUUUACAGAAAUCUGUCUCCAAUCUUCAGAAGCCCUCACCGGUAGCCAACCAGGAGAACGCAAACACAGGUGGACCAAAGCAAUGGGCCCAGCUAAAUGGAAAGGCAGUAGAGCAAGAUGGUUCAAGGGUCUUAAACCGACUUCAGCCCUUCUCUCACGAGGAAUUUCCCACGCUAAAGGCAGCUGGAGAACAGGACAGGGCUGGCAAGGAAAGAAGCGGCUUCGAUCCGUCGUAUGGGCCCGGACCAAGCCUCCGCCCCCAGAAUGUGACGAGCUGGAGGGAAGGUGGUGGCAGGAACCUUCAGCCCUCGUCCCUGACCCUCGGCUUGCCAGCUGAACCUGAGGUUAAGCUCACUGCCCUGGUUGAGAACGGCAGCCCUCCCACUUCAUCUCACCCCCCUUCUGCCAGCACAACCUCCUCUAGUGUAGCGACGGCUCAGUCACCAGUCCUCGACCCCAAGGAGCCUUCGCUGCGACCCGCCCAGCCUGUCCGCAGAAUAACCAUCCCUACUGCUCUGCAGUAUCAGCUUCACCACACUUCGACUGCUGUCUACCAUGACAUGUUGCCUGCAUUUAUGUGCUCUAAAGACACACGUGAAGCCCCAGGUACCGACCAUGUUCCUGCCACUGUAGCAGCUCCAGCCCGAUUUGAGAGCAAACCCACUUUUAGACAGAGCUACGCCAAACCUGAAGUUGUCAAUGGCGAUGUUAGAGGAGAGAACCGCUUUGUUCGCGCUCCACCUCGACCCUCUUCUCAGCCCAUCCGCAGGCCUGGGGACAGACCCCAACGUCCAGCCAUCAUUAAUCCAGAUGACCUGAAGGAUCUGGAUGAGCUCGACAAUGACUGUGAGGAUGGGUGGGCAGGACUCCAUGAGGAAGUUGACUACAGUGAGAAGCUUAAGUUCAGUGAUGACGAAGAUGACCCCUCCGGUGAUAAACGCAGGAUGUGGACUGAAUGGGAGAGGGAGAACCAGCGUCAGAUCCAGUCCUCCCUAAAUUCAGGUGAGGUGUCUUAUCCUCUGGAGGGCCCUGAGGAGAGCUAUUCCUUCCAACAUCACCAUCACGAGCAGCCCAGGAAGACCAACAGCAGACAUCUCUCUACGGACACCCUGGCCCAGCAGAAAAACCAAGGUGAGCCACUGGCGGACCAAGACGAUCACCAGCGCCAGUCUCAGGCUCCAGCCAGGGCAAAGUAUGUGUCACCUGAGCUGCUGGAGGCUGUUGAGAGAGCUCGCAGACGCCGGGAGGAGGAGGAGAGGUGUGCCCGCGAGGAGCGGCUGGCUGCCUGUGCUGAAAAGCUCAAAAAGCUGGAUGAGAAGUUUGGGAAGUCUGAAAGGCAGACAUCAAGAACAGAGGAGGGCCAGAAAGAGGGAGAGGGCAAAGAGGCUCCACUGUCCCCAGAUAGGGAAGAGAGUAAAGGCCACAAUGAGAACUGGCAGUACAGCACAAAAGAAGGAAGUGAGUGUCCCCAAGACAGCUCUCCCGGCCAUAGUUACCGCGAUGAACCCGCUUUCUCUAACUACCGUGCCAAUGAGGAUGAAGGCCAGGAGCCCUCCUCCCCCCCAGGAGACUACAGUGGACGUCAUCCCUCCAAACCUAUCCCGCCCCGCUUUCAAAAGCAGCCCCAGCACCAUCAACAGCAGGAACAAGUAUACAAGAUGCAGCACUGGCAGCAGUCAGGUCACACUGCCCCAUCCGGCUCAAGCCACAGCCAGCGGGGCUACUAUCCCCCACAUGUUCUCGGGUUCGAUCCCCGCUGGAUGAUGAUGCCGCCUUUCAUGGAUCCCCGUAUGACCCAAGGACGAUCUCCUGUGGACUACUACCCCGGUGCUGUCCACUCUUCAGCAGGAAUGAUGAAACCCAUGAUGCAUCCAGACCACCUGAACAGCCCUGGUUCCGAUGAGGGAUGCCAUUCCAACCUGCACCAGGAGAGGAGAACCCCUUCCACUGAGCCGUACCCCAUGUGGAACCAAGAUGGCUACCCCAUGCGCAGCUUCACUCCACCUUACCAGAGACCGCAUGAAAGCUCAGACAGUGGUCUGCCAGAGGACAGAAGUGAUGUGGCCUGCACCCAACAGGACUCCUAUGAAGAGAGGACCAAUGAGUGCUUGACGCACCCCCGAGAUGAUAUCCCCCAUCAUGCCUACCAGAGCCGAGGCCCAGACAGAGAACACCAACACCAUGACCAAGGCUUGCUGACCACUGCUCAGAACCACUCCUUGAGUCAUGCAGAUGGUGAUUACCCAAAACAAGACUCCAGAGACAAGCAUCAGAAAGACGGCGGUGAAUCUCACGAUGAGAACUUGGACAACUGGAAAAGAGAUGGAGGCCAGAAACAAGAUGGAGGACUAAACAAUGUCCAAAGCCAGUGGUCUGAGCCCAGUUCCAGUUCCAGUAGUAGUGUUGGCCAGCCAUCUGAGAGCAGUGGCCGCACCUUGACUCGCAGAACUGGGCCCAUCAAGAAACCAGUACUCAAGGCUCUCAAAGUCGAAGAUAAAGAGAAUGAGAAGCCUAAACCUGAGCCCGAGGAGAAGCCCGUCCCCUACCGCUUGGAGAAAGAAGUCCUUACUAACGUUUACGACUUGAAGAGAGAUAACCAGCCUGCCAGCAACAGGCGUUCAGCAUCACCUGUUGUUGAGAAGCAGCUUGAGGAGAGGCAGCGUCAGUCACCAGCUCCCACCAAAACAGACAGGCCUCUGAGCACCCACAGCGAUGACUCUCCCAAAGAGAGCACAUGGGACAGUGGCAAGAACCAGUCACUGAGAGAAAGCCAGGAAAUUCGGGAGCCUCAAGCACCACGCCGCAACAACUGGAUCUUCAUUGAUGAAGAACAGGCCUUUGGUGCAGUCAGAGGAACAGGGAGAGGACGCAGUCGAGGAGGAUUUAGGGAAUUUAGCUCAAGAGGUGGAACCCGUGGUGGCCGAGUUGGAGAAAAUCUCAGGGGGGCUUACAACAACAAUAACAGCAGCAGUGGCCCUCAGCGGACAGGCAGAGGCAGAGCAACUAGGGACCUUGUCACGGUGGAGGAGUUCCAGAGGGGCAAGCCCCGCAGGCGCAAUGUCAGCGAGACCUUAAGCGAAACCUCAGAGUAUGAGGAACUGCCCAAGAGGCGCCGCCAGAAGGGAUCUGAAAAUGGUGAAGGUUACACAGAGUCUGGAGAAGUCCGUAAGGCUGAUAGAGACUCCUGGAGAUCCAACAAGGUGUACACAGAUGACCAGGCGGCCCAAGAUUCCAGAGAAAAAACCAAGGUCAGCAGGGGUUUCGGAGGCCGCAUGCUGCCUCCCAGACUGAACACCACUGGAAGUUACAGUCGAGGCUUUGGAGGAUCCAGGGACAUUUCUACAUGGAGGGGCCGUGGGCCCCAGUUUAGUAGCACUGGUGGCUCCAUGCAAGAAAAUGGUUAUGUACCUGGAGCUGAGACUACUUACACCCGCAGACCCCCUGUUGAGCGCGAGGCUCUCAACUACCCGUCUAAAUCCACCGGCUCCUUCGUGGAAAAUGGCACAGAGGACCGUGAAGGAGAGUACUACUUCGACAACGACAACCCUGACAGGCAGAUGAUACGAAGGCGGCGUCCACCCCGUCAAGACAAGCCUCCGCGUUUCCGUCGUCUACAACAAGAUCCUCAACCUGGCUCUAACCAGUGGACGAGCGAUGAGUACAUCAAUGGAGAGUUUGCAAACCCCUGGCCUGCUCGCCCCAAAGGCAGCGGGGAGGAGAACUGGCCCAGCGGCCACUACACUGGUGGACGCCCGAGCCAGCACGGUCAGGUAGAGGAAUGGGAGACCGGAUCAGAGAACAGCGACUUUGACUGGAGAGAGAAGCGAGGUGGAGGCGGAGGCCCGGCUACACAAGGACACGGUGAUAUUCCCUCAGACUCUGGCCACGGGGAGCCAGGCUCUGGCGAGAAGAGGGAACUUUGCAAGAGGAGCUUCUCCAGCCAGAGACCGUUGGUGGAACGGCAGAACAGGAAAGGAGAGCCGUCACUGCUGGAAGUGAGCAAGAUGUCACGUACGCCGGAUAAUCCACCCUCCUCCAACAGGAGUGACAGUUGGCAGAAUGGAGGGACUUGUAAAAGCAGAAGCUCAGAUGAGUCGGGCUCAGUCUACGGCAUAGAGCAACCAGAGGAGCGGGAGCCCAAUGAACCCUCGGGGAAGAAAAUGGACAAGGAACUGAAGCAAGGAUCUAUCAAGACGGACAUGACUGAAAAUCUGUCCCAGUAUGAGCUCAGCAGCUACCCAAUUGAGGGGGACUCAGGGGGACCAGUUUCAAAUCCAGACGGAUACCAGGAUGCCUUGUCCAAAAAGCAAAGACGCCCACAGGAGGACGAUAGGAGGAGGAAGGAGCAGGGAUCUGCUGUUCCAGUGAAGAACAGGAUCAUUGCAUCCAAGAUACCGCCACGCUUUGCAAAAAAGCAGGGAAGCAUGAGCCUUGAACAACCCGAGGACGCGCUGUCUUCCAACAAUCUGGGAACUGAAAUCUGGGAGACCAACAGCUCAGCUCUUUCAGUACAGUCUUCAGGAGACUCGUGGACUAAACAGGUUUCUUACACUGGGAGCGAGCCCAACUCUGAGGACUCUGAUGCCGGCCCAGAGCAAAGUAAAGAACAGCACAAGCCAGGGCCCAUCGGGAAUGAACGCUCCCUAAAGCACCGCAAGGGGUCCGAAGGUGUUGAUCGGCUGGAAGGUGGCCCGAUAACGCCGGUCAAUGGUGUGGACCUCCAUGUGGACACCGUGCUGCCUGUGCCUCCUAUUGAGUUUGGCGUCAGUGCCAAAGACUCUGAUUUCAGCCUUCCACCGGGCUCCACCGCAGUUCCCGUGUCCAAUCCUGUCAACAAGCUUCAGGACGUACUUACUACCAAUACUGUUCUCAAUCAGAGUAUCCCCAUGCUGCGUUCCAACCACCUGCAGCCUGGCAUUAACCUCAACCCCCUCUCCUUCCCCAGUGCUGACCUCACUCUCAAGAUGGAAUCGGCCCGAAAAGCGUGGGAGAACUCCCAGUCCCUCCCCGAGCAGGGCUCUCCUGGCGGAGUUGUCUCCGGUGCUCAGCCGCCGUGCAACAUUGGCUCCUCCAGCGGUGUCAGCUACAGCUCCUUUGGAGGGGUUUCAAUGCCUCCAAUGCCUGUGGCGUCAGUAGCACCUUCCAUGUCCAUGCAAGGUAGUCAUAUUCCCCCGUUAUAUCUGGAUGGUCAUGUUUUUCCCAGCCAGCCCCGCCUCGUACCUCCCACCAUGACCCAGCAGCAGACCUACCAACAGUUCUGUUCAUCCAUUCAGGCGGCGGCCGCCCAGCAGAUUCCGAUCUCUUUGCACACGUCUCUUCAGGCUCAGGCUCAGUUGGGGCUUCGGGGAGGUCUGCCCGUCUCUCAGUCCCAAGAUAUGUUCAGCUCCAUUCCCCCCUUCAGGUCCCAGGUUUACAUGCACCCCAACCUGUCACAGCCCAGCCCCAUGGUGUUGUCGGGUGGAGCCCCUCUCAAGGGGCCCUACUCUCCUUUCCCCGGCAUGCAGCCCUCAGACAUGGUCAAGACGCAGUCAGGCUCCCACUAUCAGCCCAUGAAUGGCAGCCAGCAGCUAGUCUACGACAGCCAGAUGAACCAAGGGCCCGGUAUGGGCUCCUCCCAGCUAAUGGACUCUCAGCUCAUCCAGGUGGCCAUGCCCCUACCUGGCUCUCAGCUGCGCUACGGCUCAGCUCAGCAGCAUCUCAUCAUGCCACAGUCGAUCCAGCUGCAGCAGGGACAGAACCUGUCAGUUGGCGGCCCACGUCGAAUGCUGCCACCUGGUUCCCAGGGUGCGGUCAUGACCGGCAGCCGAGAGGGCUCACAGAUGGAAAUGAAAGGCUUUCAGUAUUCUGAUAAGCCCAAUCAUUCCCAAGGCAUGCCCGGAGGGUCCUACAGGCCUGGGUCUGCCAGCCCCAGUGGGAAGCCCUCUGGUCCUGGAGGCCUGUUGCCUACACAUUACGCUCAGCAGGUCCCAACUGCUCAGGGCAGCAUGGUGAUGCACAUGCGCCCCCCCCCAACUGGCCCUUUCCCCAACCCCAUUCAGAGACCAGUCAUGCAGGUCAACAAGCCUGUCCUCAUCCGCCCCCCCCCUUACCCCAAUCCUGGCCGUGACCUUUCCCACUCCACCCCUCCCUCUGUCCCCGAGGCCCCUAUUAAAGGGCCAGAGGAUGGCAUGAAGAAUAAAACCAUGCGAGAAGUGCGCAAGGCGGUGGGUGAGGGAAAGACCAGCAAACUCCAGGAGCCCCUCCCCCCCACGGGGCAAGCCAAACCAGCACGCUCUGGAGCCAUCAAACCACAGGCGGUGCAAGUAGGGGAGGCCAAGGCAUAACAAUGGACCUUAAAAUCCUCAACACAACUUAGCCUGCCAACACAAGCCCCUUGACCAAUGUCUGAGCCUACCAACACCCACCUGAUCCCAAGGCUCCAUGGCAAGGGGCCUACAUGCAGACAUCAUGAUGAAAUACCCCUCUUGAACUAUCAGAACUGGACACUAUUAUUUCACACCACGUAUAGAGAUAUAUAAAUAUAUAUAUAAAUAUAUACAUAGACACAGUCUUUUAAACAGAUCUCUUCAAGGUCCUCUUUAAUUUAUUAUUAGUCACUUUUAAGAGAUUGGUAAAAGAGAAGAGAUAUUUCUGUUUUUUUUGUUUUGUUUUGUGUUUCUCUCCAAAGUGGAGAAAGGAAAAUGGCCAACUCAAGACAGACGGUUCAUUUUUCAUACCAUUUUGCCAAACUGUAUUUACUCCCUCUUUAUGGACUGUAGCUGUUAAGACCAGGCAGACUCUUGAUACAACUAUGAGAAGCUAAAGUCUGUCAACACUUUUUAAACAAAUUUAAAAUGCAGUGGGGCACUUUUUUGUCAUUUUUCAUUGUCAUUUUUGCUGGUAAUUAUAAAAGAUCACCCAUUCCUGCUAUUGGUAAAGGACUUAUUUUAUUAACCCAGAAACAAAAAAAAAAAAAAAAAAUCCUCCAAUUUGAGGACACCAUUGCAUGUCAACAUGGCAAAACGUCAAGUGCAUCGCCUUAGAAAUGCAUCUUCUUAACCCCGCCCACGAACUGUGGUGAAACUCGGUUCUUUCCUUUUACGUUCUUCUGCUCGCUCUCUUCUGUAUGUAAAUUGAAAACUAAAAGGUGGACAUUUUUACCAAAAUCAUGUUGCUUCCAUGAAACUUCACCGGCAUUGAUGCAGCAUGUGACGUGCUGAACGUGGGUAAACUUUGCGGCGACCUUUUUUUUUUUUUAAGAACCGAGCGAGAUUUCACAAAGACUGUACCUGAACUCAGCAUUCAUAGCGCUGCCAUCGACUGAGUGGAUGUUGCUCAACCAAGCUGGCAACACACUUUGUUUUGGGGGGGGGGGGGGGGGGCCUUGUGAAGUUUUUGUGUGGGCGAGGGGGGGAGGGAGGGGCUGCAUUAGCAAUUGCUGUAAAGGACCCCCCUCCCCUUAAAAUAUCUGAUUGAAAUGUUUGCUUUCUUCUUGCUGUGUUUGGGUUGUAAUGAAUCAAAUCUGUUAAUGAACAUGUGAUGUAAGUGGUGGUUUUUACAUCCCUGUCUUCUUCUUUAAAGGCUCUUAAAAGACGUUUCUCUAAUUCCGUUUAACAGUGCUGUGGAGACCUGUGAUGGAACGGAUUCAUCACCAUUUGAUUAGUCAGCAUCUGGUCUCUUGAGUUGGCACUAGCAAUAAAUGCAGCCUAACUAUAAUCACAAUCAGGGUCCAAAUAACCUUUUUUUUCUCCUCUGUUAGAAGCUAAUGGAUCACAUGUGAGGGCGUUUAGCAUCGCUUGUUGAAUUAACAUACAAUUUGCUUAAGCUUUAUUUGUGAACGCUGCAGUUCCAGAGGACUACGAAGGACUUUCUAAAGUGUUCUAUUUGAAAAAUGUGAAGCUGUUGGAAACUUUUUUUUUUUUUUCUUUUGUAAUAGACUCAUUUUGAAACUCACAAUGCCAAAACUGGUUCAAUGUUACUGCUUACCAUAACGCUCCAUGACACUACAAAAUGUUGCGAUUUAUCUUUGACAGUGUUUCACUGGUAUAUAUGUAUAUGCAUAUUUUACUGUACGGUCGCGCCUCGUCAGCGAGGGGAGGCUUAAACCCACAUUUCAUUUUAGAUAUUGUGGCACUAUAAAGGAUUUAACGUUGAAAAGGUCACCGUGUUCUCAGAAUGGACUGCUUUCACUUGUUAGGUUUAUCGGGCUUGGAGUGUUUUUGCCUCUCAUCCCUUAAAGAUCCUGAUGCUUCUCAUCACUGUACCUGCACCAAAAUGUUGCCCUGACUUCUUUUUUUUUUUUUUUUUUUUUUUGGUGUACUUCUAAGAUGCAUAUUUCAUUUUGUCAAAGGACCAGUGCUUUCUACAGCUGAUCCAGCAUUCUAUUUAUCCUACCGGAUCUUUAUCCUUUCAGAUAUUUGGUCAUUACUCUCCCUUGUUUAAAAAGAAAAAAAGAAAAAAAGAGCUUAUUGAAAGAAAAGAAAUAAAGCAGUUGUGAUUUCUUAAAUGUACUGUUGAUUCUGUAUUCUCACUUUGUCAUAUUAAAACCAUGCAU